UGGAAGGAGAACCAAAAGGAAAAGGAGACUAAACUCGUUUUAUUCUAGAUGUUUUCGGAAAGGUGUUCGCGUCAUUUCCAGAUUCCAUGAAGAGAUAAUCUCCAAGGUAUCACUCAAGUUAAAGAGAGGGUACUUUUUCCCUCCCCCGCCCUUCACCACGCACCAGUGCAAGACGAGGGAGGAGACGGCUGAGAGAAGAGGGAGGAAGGGGGAAAAGUGAGAGAAGCAAGAUGAGAAAGGGGUGUUGGAAGAGAUGAAGGCAAGAAGAAAGGAGUGUUAGGGGUGGUGGCGAGCCUCUGGCGACUGCCAGCCCGCGCUCCGGACUCAACCGGGCGCGGCACCCGAGUCCCGCAGCGCGCAGCCAGCCCGCGGCCCCGAGAGCAGCCCGGACGCGCCACUCUCCGCCCGGCGGCGGCCGGCGCCCCGCACGGUAGCCCCCGCCAGAGCACCGCCUUCCCGUCUCCCGACUGCUGCGGGGCAGCGCUCCGGAGGAGCUAAGAAGAGAGGGUGAGAUUAAAGUGGACUGUGAGCCUCUCGCUGACUUCUCACAAGAGCAGAAACAUGAGGAGGCAGAGUGAUGAUGAAAACCAAUAAUUCAAUCUAUCACAAUAUGUUUUAGCUACCCUACAUGAUGAAGACCGGUGCUGUCAUCAGUUGAAAAGAUAUAUAUGGGAAGCCCACUCCGUGUGAUUCCAUUCUACCAAGCAUUGAUUUGUCUCCAAUGUCUGUCUACUUUUGGACACUAUCUAGUGCAUGCAGGUAUCCAUUUUUUCAGCUCUAUUAAACUUUUUAAAACAAACCAAAAAAAAUGGAUUUCUUAAACUCAUCUGAUCAAAACUUGACCUCAGAAGAACUGUUAAACAGAAUGCCAUCCAAAAUUCUCGUGUCCCUCACUCUCUCUGGGCUGGCUCUGAUGACAACGACCAUCAACUCCCUUGUGAUUGCUGCAAUUAUUGUGACCCGGAAGCUGCACCACCCCGCCAACUAUUUAAUUUGCUCCCUUGCAGUCACAGAUUUUCUUGUAGCUGUCCUGGUGAUGCCUUUCAGCAUUGUGUAUAUUGUGAGAGAGAGCUGGAUUAUGGGGCAAGUGGUCUGUGACAUCUGGCUGAGCAUUGACAUCACGUGCUGCACGUGUUCCAUCUUACAUCUCUCUGCUAUAGCUUUGGAUCGGUAUCGGGCAAUCACAGAUGCUGUGGAGUACUCCAGGAAAAGGACUCCCAAGCAUGCUGGCAUUAUGAUUACAAUUGUUUGGAUUAUAUCUAUUUUUAUCUCUAUGCCUCCUUUAUUCUGGAGGCACCAAGGAACUAGCCGAGAUGAUGAGUGCAUCAUCAAACACGACCACAUUGUUUCCACUAUUUACUCAACGUUUGGAGCUUUCUACAUCCCAUUGACAUUGAUUUUGAUCCUCUACUACAAAAUAUAUAAAGCAGCAAAAACGUUAUACCACAAGAGACAAGCAAGUAGGAUUGCCAAGGAGGAGGUGAAUGGCCAAGUCCUUUUGGGGAGUGGUGAGAAAAGCACUAGACUAGUCUCCAAACCCUACAUGCUAGAAAAAUCUUUAUCUUAUCCAUCAACAGACUUUGAGAAAAUUCAUAGCACAGUGAAAAGCUCCAGGUCUGAAUUAAAGCAUGAGAAAUCUUGGAGAAGGCAAAAGAUCUCAGGCACAAGAGAACGCAAAGCAGCCACUACCCUGGGAUUAAUCUUGGGUGCAUUUGUAAUAUGUUGGCUGCCUUUCUUUGUUAAAGAAUUGGUUGUUAAUGUCUGUGAAAAGUGUAAAAUUUCUGAAGAAAUGUCAAAUUUUUUGACAUGGCUUGGCUAUCUCAAUUCCCUUAUAAAUCCACUGAUUUAUACAAUCUUUAAUGAAGACUUCAAGAAAGCAUUCCAAAAGCUUGUACGAUGCCGAUGUUAAAGAAAGUUUAUCAUUAAAAGGUUGGGGAUUUCUUGAGGGGAAGUAACUAAAUGGUGGCCGAAUAAUAAAACAUUUAAACUUUUAGAAGGAAAUAAAUUAAAACUGCUAAAAUUAUAAGAAUAUAAUUUAUAUUUUAAUAGCAACAUGACUAUAAACUUACUGAGUAAAAGAUGUUUCUUUUGACCAUCAUUCUAGAGUACUCAAAUAAGAAGAUAAUUUAUUGUUUAUAAGCAAAAUUUUGCCUAUGCAAUGUCCCUAACAGGCUAACUGGAAAUAUAUAUUAUAAUUAUUAUUAUUAAUAACAGUGAUUUUCCAGGUUUAUGGAAAAUAUUACAGAAGAGUGUUCAAUUAACAACAUCCGUGAUUUCUAUAUAAUCCUAUGGUUUUAUUAUAUGAUUCUGUUAUUUUAUAGGAAAGAUAAUUCACCACAAAGCACACAUUUCUCCUACCUAACUAUUCCUGUCCCUCUUCAUCUUAUCCUGGGAAAAACGGGAGGGGGGAGGAACAAACAAGGACUCCUGGGGUUCCUGGCUGGCUCAGUUGGGAGGGCAUGUGACUCUUGAUGUCAGGGUUGUGAGUUUGAGCCCCAUGUUGGGUAUAGUGAUUACUUAAAAAUAAAAUCUUUAUACAAAACAAAACAAACAAACAAAAACAAGGACUCCUAAUAUGACUGGAGGAAAUGUCAAAGUCAGAGAUUGAUACUCUCUUUGUAUUUAGAUAGCAAAGAGUAAUCAUAAAGUGAGUUAGGCACUGCCAAAUAAUCCUGAAUACAGAACUUGUACACAUUUGACAUAUUCUUUUUGUUUAAAACAAAUUCCUAGAAUAAUAUUUUCUUAACCAUGUAUUACCAACAUUUGAAAUCAAAACCUUAGGCUAGUAACAGUAAUUCAAGAGGGGUGCAGGGAAGGUGUUCUAACUGCCCCAUGUUUAUUUAGGAAUCCAAUUUAAGGCACCAAGUACCCUAGGUUAUUCACCAUAAUUAUUAUAUUCCUAAUGUCUUUUUUAAAAUAUAAAACAGAUUUUGUUUCUGUUAAUGUUAACAAGUUCAGUUGCUAACUAAAAUGUCAGUGGUACUUGGGCACUUUAGCAGCUCCAUACUUUCAAUUUAAACAUUAUAUCCCUUUUAUUAGAGGGAAUGUGACAGGAAUUCUUAGAACUUUGCACUGACUUCCAAAACAUCUCAGUUUUUCAUUUUUUCUUUAAAGAUUUUAUUUAUUUAUUCAUGAGAGACAGAGAAAGAGAGAGAGAGGUAGAGGGAGAAGCAGGCUCCCAAGGAGCAGGGAGCCUGAUGCGGGACUCGAUCCUAGGACCCUGGGAUGGUGACCUGAGCUGAAGGCAGACGCUUAACCAUCUGAGCCACCCAGGCGCCCAACAUCUCAGUUUUUCAAUUGGUAGAAAUUGACAGGCAAAGAUUCAUAUUAGGCUAAUUAUAAAUAUAUUAUAGUUUUUAUAUAUCUCCCAGUCACUCCACUAGUUCAGUAAGCCAAAGCAAUACCAUAAAUUUCUCUAUUUAUUCUCUUACUUACAGAAGGAUUCAAAAAUAAAAUAACCGUGCUUCUGAGAAGAUUUCAUUUCAUUUGAACCAGCAAGUUGAUAGACUGCCUUUUGGAAGGCAUACCAUCAACCAAGAUCAUUUGAAAAACAAUACAUUCCUUUUUUUUAAGCUACAUUUUUAUGUGUAUUUUAAACAUUAUU